UGGUCUUCUCGCAGACCAGUCUGACAUAGAUGUUGUGGCAGUGUUGGGAGACAGUUAGAUGGGACCCGUGGUAGACGGAGUAGUGGUGGGAGGCUGGCUCCAGGACUAUACUCCACUGUGGCCACGUCUCCAGGACCAGGUAGAGGGCCAGGAAGAACACUGCCACACCAAACACAACAUACUCCUGCACAAUAAUGACAAAGAGGAACGAUGCAAUGGCCACUGCGAGGUAAAGGUAGAACCAAGAGUGUCGAGAUGUGUAGACAAACACUGCAGAACAGGAGAAGUCAGUGAUCAGUGUGUGAUCAAAGCAUGGUGGCUACCUUUAUUUUCGUCUUCUCCUUCGCUGGAGGCAAGGUGGAAGGGAUGGUAGGGAUUUGCCUGCAACUGGCGUUCUAAAACAGCCUCGGGCGCUUGAAAAAUGCCCAAGGCAGACAGAAGACCCAUCACACGAUUGGAUAAGCACCGACGUGUGUGGAGAGUUGCGGGGAGCCCUGUGCGCCCGCCCGGCUGAUCGUUGCCGUGGUUACCAAAUAACACAAAAAACGGCGGAUUUUUCUUUCACUGUCGGUCGAAGUAAAGCAGGAGCCUUUCCAGAAUGUCGUACAGAGAUCUGAGAAAUUUCACGGAGAUGAUGCGAGCGCUGGGCUAUCCCAGGCUGAUUUCCAUGGAGAAUUUCCGAACUCCGAAUUUCCAGCUGGUUGCAGAGAUACUCGCCUGGCUGGUCAAUAGGUAUGAUCCAUCUGCUGACCUACCCACUGAAGUGGACACUGAACAAGACAGAGUGAUCUUUAUAAAGUCCAUCGCACAGUUUAUGGUGUUGAAGGAACUGCUCAAGAUAUCUAGUCUCCUUUAUACUGCCAUGACCACUCAUCAGAAGUCCGGAUUGUCUGAGGACACAAGUACACAGAAGAACAUGGAGUUAUCUGUAAAGUCUACUGAUCUGAAGGCAUGCAGACAGUUAGCCUCUGAGAUCACGGCCCGAGGAGCCAAGCUGCACGAGCUCCUGGGCAGGGAAGUAGAGUUGAGGCCGUCAAUGAAGGAGCCGGGUGGAGUGCCACGCCCACACAUCGUGGACUCGUUCCUGUCUCGAUUCCAUUCCAGCAGCACGGACAGUGGACCAGCCUACACCGUUUCGAAAAGUGCACUGCAGGAGUGUGUGUGCCAGUUGUCCAGUGACGUUCUUCACAGAGAGAAGGAGACCUUCCAAAUAUAUUCAGGCCACUAUGAAGGGCUGGUCCGGAGCCUGUACUGUCAGCUGUACCAGAGAGACAGACAAAUAGACAUGUGGAGAGAGAGGGCGGAGUCUGUUGCCAGGGACAACCACACCCUGGCUCUCGUCACUGCCGGAGAACUUACCCACUCCAGUCUCUUAGAACUGACAGCUCUAAGAGUGAGGAUUCGAGAACUGGAGAACCAGCUACAGACCCAGGAGUCCCAACUGAGGAAGGCCAUCCGACAGGAGUACUCCUCCCUCACCCACAACCUCCUCUCUUCCUGUGCGGCCAUCACUGCCAGAUACCACGACUACCGCUCCUCUCUCUUCUCUGACGUCCUCCGCUGCGUCAGCGAGGUACGAGGGGGCAUGGCAGAGGGCGUGGCCAGAGCCAAGGAGACUCACGGUGGCCCCGCCCACCUAGGUGUCACCGUGACGACAAACCUACGUGGCGAGGAAGAGUGCAAAGUUCAGAGCGAGAAUGCCAAACUGAACAAUCUGUUGCUGAAGCAGAGAGGAAUGAAUAUACUUCGCCGUAGUGCCGAGGAGGGUGCGCGGGUGAGAGAGGUGGGGAGGUGGAGGGGUGAGUGGGAGGAGGUGAAACGAGAAGGGCUGGAGCAGAAGAUGGUGGCUGAGGUGGAGAUGAGAUCUCUGCGUGCACAAGUCAAUUCCCUACAGAAGAGACUGGGAGAGGUGGAGAAGGAGAGGGAAUUGGCAGUGAUCGAACUGCAGAACAAGAAAGAGGUUUCCUCGAACUCCACUGCUGUCAAAUCCACCGACAACAAGACACAGCUGCAAUUUAGCCAGAAAUCAAGAGCCGUCACUUCCAAAAUGAAGGAGCUGGUCGGACAGUUGGAGCAAAAAGAGAAGAAAAUUGGAGAAUUAGAGAGUGCCUGGGAGAAACACCACAGACACGAUGCAGAAGGACAAAAACGGCUUUCACACGAACUCCACGGUGCUAAACAGCAACUGGAACACGAGAGACAACUGAAGAGAGAGGCUUUCCACCAAGUUGAUGAUCUGCUCACUCAGGUUCAUGAUUUGGAAGGCCAAAACCACGCAUCACUGAGGGCCCUACAGUCCCGGAGACACAGUAGCACCACUCCUUCCUCCACCCCUCACACCCUCCCCGGCACCGCCCACACAUCCUCCCGGCCCACCCUCAUGGGCAGUAGUCUCCGUCCUCACACCUCCUCUGCCGACCACACCCGACACCACUCCCACACUGCUGCAAGCUCCGCCCACAGCAGUCGGCCCGGCUCCCACCAGCAUCCCAGCAGACCAAGGCCUAAAUCUCAGCAGAGUUCUCGAGCCACCACUGAUCCUUCCAAUGCCCACAACAGCGGCAGUAGUCGCACAGUGGAUCUCUCACAAGAAAUACUCGCCCUCAGACUAAUCUAGACCAUAACGUAGCCGCUGUAAUACCCACUGACCACGGACGCUAAAAAUGCAGUUCAUUCAGCAUAUUAUACAGGUGAAUAUUAUAGAAUAAAAAUUUGACAAACUCAACACACUUAUAUAAUUAUUAUGAAUAAUCUUGCACUUAAUGUGAAGAUGUUAAUGAUAGCAAAAUUAAUAGUAAAGCAGCCAGUAUUAUAUUGAUUGAAUAUAUUAGCAUAAAUAAAAUAAAUAGGGGGCUGAAAGAAUAAUGGCAUAUGUACCAAAAAAACUGAUACACAAAUCACAAAAACAUCGAAAUGAACCUUAUCAUCACAUGUUGUCAAUGUGUGAACACUUCUCCCAGCAUGCACCUGGCCCCGCCCCCUCCCAGGCUCUCGAUCGUCGGCAGGGGAACGUGGAGAAUGACGUCGACGUGUCUCCGUAGCGACGCCAACUGGUCAGACCGGAACGACUCGUACGCUGCGCUCGACAUGACCAGCAACCUCUCACCUCCAGGCCCGCUCAACUGUAGAAUAUUCCCUGCAAAAUUGAACACUUGCUCCUCGUCAAUAUCGACUAGCUCUUUGUUGCUUGAUCUGAUGGUGUCCAGCACCAUCUUUCUCUGGCCAGCUUCUCUGAUUAGCUCCGUGCAGAGGACUACAAAACCGUCUCCAACGCUACAGAUGACGUUGGUGUGGUAAACGGGACGGAGUUUGCCGUCCUCUGCUAGUUGAGUAGCCUCGAAUGCGACCGGUGUGUAGCCGAAAUCCCGGCAGAACCCUACGAGGACCUCCGGGUGCGUACGCUGAGAGAGACACGCGUAGCAGAGGCGGUUCGUUCGGUCCAGUACCAUGCUCCCUGUCCCUUCUAGAAACAUCCCCUGGUUCUCCCACGGCGAAUAAUCGACGAUGUCGGCGCGGAGCUCUCGGCAGAGACUCUCGACCACGUCCAUUCGUCUCUCUCGCCGUCUGUUCUCGGCCAUCAUGGGGUAGAGAGCUAUCUUGCCUUCGUGAAACGACACCCAGUUGUUGGGAAACACGGCGUCCGUACAAUCCUUGUGUUCUUCCAGCGGCUCUACCACUAAAACGCGCACUCCGUUCCCCCUCAGUAGAGAGACGAGUCCCUCGAACUCCUUCGUUGCCAGGCCCACAAUCUGGUCACUGCUGGCUCCCUUCAGCUGGUCGGGAAGGGUUUGGUAGAUGUUGUCGGUAGCCGUAGCUAGGUUCAGGUUGAAGUACUUGGGCGCCACCAUUAGAACGGUGUCCGCGGUCUGAGGAGAAACGGACACGUUUUGUUCGAUCGCAGCGUGCGAGAGGGAGAGCAAACGAGCGGUGGUCAGCAGAGAUAGGCGCGACCUCGGCGGCACCAGUAGGCGAUGUAGAGACGCCAUUAGAGGACGAGAAAGCACUGCCCUUACCGACGACGCCAUGAUGUUGAUAGUAGCAAGCCUAGCCAGCUAGGUUGGUUUGACCGGUUUUACGAGAAA